GAUUCAUUAUCUAGUGCACUGGCCAAGUUUUUUUUCCCUUUUCCUUUCUGGUGGCUACUGCAGAUGGAUCGAGGCUGAUGCAGUCCCUGCAACCAUUACAGACAGAGAGGGGGAGGAGAGAGUUCAGUUGCAAAAUCUCCUGACAUCCCACACUUUUAUUUGGCUGUUGUUGGAGGGAGAGUGGAGAUUGAGCGAGAGGUCGGGACUUCUACCCCCCUCCACGGUCGAGUUUAGCGUCCGAUCGAUCGGAAUCACCUUCUCUCCGGGGAUUUUAAAACAAAAGGCAGCAAUGACCCAGGCUCCGAGUGGGACUGUGUGAAGACUCCUGUAGCCGACCGGCCAUGGAAAACGAGCAGCACGCCUCCAGCCCACCUCAGUCUGCUGACAUCAAGAUUGUGGCGGAAAAGAGUCCAACCAAUGACAAGGAAGGAGAGAAGGGGCCAGCCAAUGACAAGGAAGGAGAGAAGGGGCCAGCCAAUGACAAGGAAGGAGAGAAGGGGCCAGCCGAUGACAAGGAAGGAGAGAAGGGGCCAGCUAAUGACAAGGGAGGAGAGAAGGGGCCAGCCAAUGGCGUAGAAGGAGAGAAGGGGCCAGCCAUUGAUGAGGAAGGAAAGAAGAACCUAGGCAAGGAGGAAGAGGCAGAGAAGGGUCUAGUUAAGGAUGAGCCACAUCCUGGCCCCUCCAGAUCCACUGCUUUGGGCAAAAGCCCUCGAGGAAAGCAAGAUGGACUGAAGGCUGAGGACAGGCAGAGACUUGCAAGACAGCGCAGGGAGGAACGGGCAAAAACUCUCGUGUAUGUCAUGACCAACCUCAGAAGGACAUCCCUUUCCACAUUAUUUUAAUGCUAAAGGACAACAAAGAAUCAUCAAAC